CUCGCCGCCGCCGCCGGCGAUGGGAGGAACGCACUUCCCCGCCGACGACGCCGCCCACGAGCUCACCGUCGACGCGUACGGGGACCGCCGCGACGUCGGCAAGAUGGAGCACGGGUGCGAGCAUUACCGGCGGAGAUGCAAAAUCGUGGCGCCGUGCUGCAAGGAGGUCUUCUCCUGCCGCCACUGCCACAACGACGCCACGGCUUUGGGGGAUCGGCAUAGUAUAUGUCGCCAGGAUGUCGAAAAAGUAGUAUGUCUGCUCUGUAAUACUGAACAACAGGUGUCACAAGUGUGCAUAAGCUGUGGAGUCAAUAUGGGAGAAUACUUCUGUGAUGUAUGCAAGUUUUAUGAUGAUGACACAGAGAAAGGGCAGUACCAUUGCUAUGAUUGUGGCAUAUGCAGGGUUGGUGGCAAGGAAAACUACUUCCACUGUGCAAAGUGUGGGUCUUGCUACGCUGUUGCAUUGCGUGAUAACCAUCAGUGUGUGGAGGACUCAAUGAGACAGAACUGCCCAAUCUGUUAUGAGUAUCUAUUCGAUUCAUUAAAAGGGACAAGAGUUCUUACCUGUGGACACACGAUGCACAUGGAUUGUUUUUCUGAGAUGGUGGAACAUAAUAAAUACAGUUGUCCAAUAUGCUCGAAGACAGCUCUUGACAUGACGCUUCCCUGGGGCAUGUUGGAUCAAGAGAUUGAAGCAACAAUUAUGCCUCCUGUAUACCGUUACAAGGUUUGGGUUCUUUGCAAUGACUGCAAUAAAGUCUCAGAGGUGGACUUCCACGUGAUUGGCCACAAGUGCAGCCACUGCAGUUCAUACAACACUCGAUCGACGUCACGGCCUGCAGAUUUAUCAGAAAGCAGUUCCCCGUCGACAACAGACUCAUCCGAAAACAACUUGUAGAGAGAUUAUGUCCUGCUGGUGUCUUACCUGGUCUGCGCAAGCAAUGCCAGACCACAUACACAUAGAAGAAGAAGCAUUGUUUUGCGGCAUUGCCCGACUAGUGUCAGCUCCACCCUUGGGCUCUUGCUACUUUACCAUUCUACCAAGAUUCAAUUCAUCUCCUGAAUCGCAGCUACUAGUGUAUUACUGCCGCAAGAGAACAGUCGUUGUUGUGAUCACCUGGAUGUAUGUCCUACAUAUAUGUAUAACAACACCACCACUUUAUAUAUCUCUGUGGGCGAUGCCCAGCAUCAUAUA